AGGGCCAUGGUGGUGCUUGGGGGCUGCUUGGGGCGUCGCAGUGGCGGUGCCAGGAUCAAAACCUUGUGAUGUCAAGUUUCUCUCACAUUUUCCCCUUGAAUUAAGUGGCAUAUAUAGCCCGCUAUUUACCCAAGACUAGAAAAGAAUGGCUGCGUCCGACCAGAAUGAUAUGUCGCUGGUGCGGAGAACGGUGCAAGAGCUGGCGGUGGCCGUCGAGGAGCCGCCGCCACAGUACGUGGUUGAUGAGAUGCUGGUCGCUGAUGAGAUGCCGGAGCCCAUCCCUCUGAUCGAUCUUAGCCGGCUGACCGAAGCCGACGAGGCCGACAAGCUCCGAGCGGUUCUACAGACCUGGGGCCUCUUCCUGGCGACCAACCAUGGAAUCGAGGAGUCCCUUAUGGAUGCCAUGAUGAGUGCGUCCAUGGAAUCAAGAGACUUCUUCAUGCAACCGUAUGAAGAAAAGCAGAAAUACAGCAACUUGAUAGACGGCAAGCAUUUCCAGAUGAAAGGCCAUGGAAAUGACAAAGUAGUGACCCCCCAGGAUGAGGGCCUGAGCUGGAACGACCGCUUGCAUUUGAGAGUGGAGCCAGAAGAUGAGAGGAAUUUCGCCAAGUGGCCCACUCACCCGGAAUCUUUCAGGGAUGUGCUUCAUGAGUACGCAUCAAGAACAAAGAGAACAAGAGACCUUCUCUUGCAAUCAAUGGCCAAGCUCCUCGACCUUGAUGAGGAUUACUUCGUCAACCAAAUAUCAAACAAGGCUUCUGGGUUUGCUAGAUUCAACUACUACCCUCCAUGUCCCAGGCCUGACCUAGUUUUGGGCAGGAAGCCUCACACUGAUGGUGGUCUCCUUACCAUCCUUUUUGUCGACCAAGACGUCGGUGGCUUGCAAGUUGAGAGGGGUGGGAAAUUGUACAAUGUUCCAGCCAAGCCUUACACAUUGGUGAAUAAUGUAGCAGAUCCAACCAGAUUGUUUGGUGCUGCUAGAAAAAUAGACUCGUUCAGCUAUUUGGUGAGCUCAAGAAAAUCUAUCUGGAUUCUUUCAUACAGUAACAACGUCUACAUGAAGAUUGAUUGA